CCUGAAACUCAGCUGUGGCUGCCCCCACGGACAGGACUUGGCUUUUUUUAGAUAACUCGCCAUUUUUUAUCACCUGACAUUUGAGGAUAAACAUACUCAAUUAACACCUAUAAGGCGUUGGUUUACGGCAGCACGGCUAUCCAUUACGAUGGAAAUUGAGGUGAUGCAUUCCAGUCAACAGGACAUGGACCUGAUAGACAUCCUGUGGAAGCAGGACAUCGAUCUUGGCGCCAGGCGGGAGGUAUUCGACUACAACCACCGUCAGAAAGAGUACGAGCUGCAGAGGCAGCGCGAGCUGGAGGAGGAGAAGAAGCUGCAUCUGCUGCGGGAGCAGGAGAAGGCCCUGCUGGCACAGCUACAGCUCGAUGAGGAGACUGGGGAGUACAUACCUUGUCCGCCGCCCAGCGCCCCUCUGCAGUCAGCUGGCAUAGCCUUGGAGGUUACUCAGAAUGUCAGCUUCCCAGAGGAGACUGGUGAUGACAUGCCGUUUGAUGAAUAUUUGCAGCUUUUGGCAGAGAUAUUUCCUGUAGUGGGAACCGAGAAUGCGUCGGUUUGCGUGGAAACACCUGCUGUUUCGGUGCCUACCAACAGCAACAUUAUGAUGUCCCCUGAGCAGACAGCUCUGUCACUAGCCAGCCUCCUCUCAGGUCAGCUGGCACCUCCACAGAGGAUGACUCCAGACGUGGAGCAGGCCUGGAUGGAGCUUUUGUCCCUCCCUGACCUGCAGCAAUGCCUCAACCUGCCUAUGAAAGACUCGAUGGAGACCACAACGUAUCCUCUUCCAAACAACCCUGACGUUCAGAAUCCAAGCUACUCCAACUAUCUGCAAAUGCAAACUCCUAUUUUUAACCUCAUGACCAAUGUCUCAGAUGUCAAAACAAAUAUCCCCGCUGAGUUUAUGAAUACAUUCGAUGGCUCUGUUCCCAGUAUGGCUCCAUCUGAUAACUUCAGCGAGGUGAACCCUGAGUCCCAGCUAAGUUCAAGCUUCAGCGCAGACAUCUUUUAUCUCGACACCAAGCUGGAAGAGCGCAGCGGUCAACACAGCCCAGACAUCACUGAAAGUAUGUCUGAUGUUUCAAACAAGCCCUCCUAUACCACCAUGGAUCUUUACAGUCUUUCACCUGGAGAUCCAUUUGACAGAAGCAAACAGAAUCUGACAGAACAUCCAGACACAGAUUCUGGAAUCUCCACCCAAGGAAGCCCAAUUAGCAGCUCGCCUAGUAAAUCUGCGUACGGAGGGGAGUCCGCUGGAUACAAUGAUUCAGAGAUGGAAGACAUGGACCACAGCCCUGGGAGUGUAGAAUCGGACUACUCUGAGAUAUUUCCAUUAAAUUACCAACUUGAUAAUCUUGAAACGCCAGUGUCCUCGCCAGCUGGGGAGUCACGAGAAGAAAAGAAACCCAAACAACAUAAGGUGGACCCGGCAGAGAAGAGCGGUCACAGCAGUGCUCCUUUCACCAAAGAUAAACCCAAAAAACGCUCCGACAUACGUCUCUCCAGAGACGAGCAGAGGGCCAAGUCCCUCAAGAUCCCAUUCACCGUCAACACAAUCAUCAAUCUGCCGGUUGACGACUUCAACGAGUUGAUGUCGAAGCACCAACUGAACGAGGCCCAGCUGGCCCUGGUUCGCGACAUUCGCCGCCGUGGCAAGAACAAGGUGGCUGCUCAGAACUGCCGCAAACGCAAGAUGGAGAACAUUGUGGGUCUGGAGGGCGAACUGGACUCGCUGAAGGAGGAAAAGGAGCGCCUGCUGAGGGAGAAGAACAAGAAGAUGACCGACCUGAAGGAAAUGAAGCAGCAGCUCAACAGCUUGUACCAGGAAGUCUUCAGCAGGUUGAGGGAUGAGAAGGGAAACUCGUACUCCCCUCUAGACUACUCCCUCCAGCAGUCGACCAAUGGCAGCAUCUUCCUGGUCCCACGGGUUAAAAAGACUUUCAGAAGUGAAGACAACCACUGAUCUCCUUUGUAAACACGGUACUGCAUUCAUAGAAAACUAUGCAACAACUUGGCAUUUACUCAGCUUUAAGCUUAAGCAGUAGUAGUUUCUGCUGAUUUCCCUUGAAUGUUGUAAUAUUUUUGAUACUUUGUACACUGUAUCUGACAGAUUCUUUAACACUUUGUAAAUAUAAACAUCUGCUUUAGUUUGAUGGAAAAGUUACUGUAUGUGUGUACAUAUAUUGUAUAUAUCUAUACCUAUAUGCAAAUGAUUGUUUCAGUCAUUACCUCUUUUA